AUGCCAAAACGAAGAGCGGAAGAAAAAAUCGAGCGUUACGAACGCAAAAUUAGAAAAUUACAUGAACACGAUGUCGCACGCUGUCGCCGAAUACGGGUCAUAUCAUCAGAAUCUUCCAAUAAUGAAGAUGUUGAAGACACCAACCACUCUGAGCUAAACCUUAUAGCUAACAUGAAGGGCCUCGGGAUUUCUUCAGGGCAGAGUCCCACAACACCUGAGCUCAUACUGGAGCCCGAGCUUACACUGGAACCUGAGGCCACACUGGAGCCAGAGUCUAGACAAGAGACCAGGGCGUAG